GUUCGUAUCCUCCGCUUAAUAAUGGAUAAUAAACAGAAAAUCGCACACAAACCUAAGAGGCAACUUAUGGUAGAAUAUGAGGAACGGCGAACUAUAACUUUAUGGAACAGACCGCUGACUACAUCGUAUUAUUUUUUAAUUGAAUGCAUUUACCAAGUGGCUCGAUUAUUUCACAAAACUCUUCGCUAUAAAAUUGUGACAUGUCUUUCCUUAUUAACCUUGAUUGGUUAUUGCUUUCUUCGAGGUGCUCCUGGACCUCAUCAAGCCGCAAUUGUGUAUCUUGAAAAAAAUGUUUUGUGGUAUUCUUGGUGGGUUUUCUUAGGAUUUUUGUCCUCUUGCGGUUUUGGCUCGGGGUUACACACCUUUGUUCUAUACCUUGGACCUUUCAUUGCCCAAGUGACAAUGAGCGCCUAUAUUUGUCAGUCUCUUGAUUUUCCAGAGCCUCCGUAUCCUGAUCUAAUUAUUUGUCCAUCAAAUUCAAGUGUUUCAACUUCUGGUAUUUCUUUCUACAGUAUAAUUCGAAAGGUUCAAGCAGAGGCCAUGUUUUGGGGUCUCGGUACUGCGAUCGGUGAGUUGCCACCCUAUUUCAUGGCCCGCACGUCACGCCUUUCUGGUGGAAUUCAAGAUGAAGAGAUCGAACUUUCAUCGGACUUCUCUCCAUCCUCUUCUGAUGCAGAUGGUGAUUCUACACCACUUGCAAAAAAGUCUGAGAAAGAAAUGACGUUUGUUCAAAAUUUGGAAUUGAUCCUGCAGCGACUAAUUACUCGUGCUGGAUUUAUUGCUAUUCUUCUUUGUGCAUCGGUCCCGAAUCCUCUGUUUGACUUUGCUGGAAUGACUUGUGGCCACUUCUUAGUCCCAUUCUCAACCUUCUUCGGUGCAACAUUGAUUGGGAAGGCCAUCAUAAAGACCCACAUUCAAACCUUCUUUGUCAUUUUAAUGAGUUCACAGGAUCACAUUGAAAUGAUGGUAUAUUUGUUGGGGAAAGUCCCAAUCUUUGGCACAAAGCUUCAACAUCCAUUCCUUGAAUAUCUACAAAACCAGAAGGACAAAUUGCUUAACAAAGCUGUUGCCACGAAAACGAGUUGGAUUCAGAGUGCUGUUCAAAUGGCAGUUACUCUGGCAAUGAUUGUAUUCGCCAUCUCCCUUGUGAACGCAAUGGCUCAGAACUGUCACAGGCGUAUGUGCCAGCGGGGAAAAAUUGAGGUCAAAAUUGCGGAGAAAAACUCGUUUAGCCGAACGGAGGUGGCUAAUGGUGGUUUGAAGGAGGAUUAG